AUGGAUGAGAACGUAGAUCAGCUGGAGUGGGAGACCUUUUCUUGUCCAAUGUGUCUGGAUCUGCUGAAAGAUCCAGUUGCUAUUUUCUGUGGACACAGCUACUGUAUGAACUGCAUUCAAUCCCACUGGGACACGGAGAGUGGGAUUUACAGCUGCCUUCAGUGCACACAGACCGUCCUUGGAAGACCGAGACUGAUGAAGAACAUCUUGUUAGCAGAUCUGGUGGAGCAGCUGAGGAAAAGUGCAGUCCAAGCUGCUCCUGCUGAUCACUGCUAUGCUGGAGCUGAAGAUGUGUCCUGUGACGUCUGCACUGGCAGGAAACUGAAAGCUGCCAUGUCCUGUUUGAACUGUUUGGCCUCGUACUGUGAGAAACACCUCCAGCCUCAUUAUGAAUCCCCUCCAUUUAAAAAACACAAGCUCGUGGACCCCUGCAAGAAGCUCCAGGAGAACAUCUGCCCCCAACACAAUAAGAUGAUGGACAUGUUCUGCUUCACUGAUCACCAGCAUGUCUGUUAUCUCUGCUCUGUGGACAAACACAAAGGUCACGACACAGUCACAGCUGCAGCAGGAAGGAUGCAGAAGCAGAAAGAGCUCGAUCUGAGUCUCGAAGAAAUCCAGCAGAGGCUCCAGGACCGAAAGAAAGACGUGGAGAUGAUUGAACAGAAAGGGAAGGACGUCAAUCUCUCCGUGUUUAGAGCCCUGGAGGACAAUGAGAACAUCUUCACUGAGCUGAUCCAACUCCUGAAGAAAACACGCUCUGGUGUGAUGCAGCGGCUCAGAUCCCAGCACGAGCCUGAAGAGAGAAGAUUCAAAGAUCUUCAGGAGAAGCUGCAGCAGGAGAUCACUGAGCUGAAGAGGAAAGUCACUGAACUGAAGCAGCUGUCACUCAUACAGGAUCACAACCAGUUCCUACUCAACUACUGCUCACUGUCAGCAGCACUCGGUCCGUCCACUCACUCGUCCAGCAUCAACAUCGCUCCUGCGAGAUUCUGCGAAGACGUGACCGCUGCUUUGUCACAGGUCAGAGGCCAAGUACAGGACGUUCUGACCAGGACAUGGACACACAUUGGACUGACAUUGAAUCAAGAUGAUGUUUUACUGCCACAACCAGAGCCCAGGACCAGAGUGGAAUUCUUACAGUAUUCACGGGAAAUCACGAUGGAUCCAAACACAUUAAACACAUGGAUAAUAUUAUCUGAGGGAAACAGAAAAGUGACAUUAAUGAAUCACAGACAGUCUUAUUCUACUCACCCAGACAGAUUUACUGACUGGUAUCAGGUCCUGAGUCGAGAGAGUCUGACUGGACAGUGUUACUGGGAGGUGGAGUAUCGAGGAUUAGGAGUUUAUGUAGCAGUCACAUACAAGACCUUCAGGAGAGCAGGGAAAUCGGUGAAAGGUGUAUUUGGAUUCAAUGACAAAUCAUGGGCGUUAUGUCUUGGCUCCCGUUGCUAUUACUUACUUCAUAGCAGUAUCAGCACAAAAGUCUCAGAUGGAUUGUCCUCCAGACUAGGAGUGUACCUAGACCACAGUGCAGGUCUUCUGUCGUUUUACAGCGUCUCGAACACCAUGACUCUCCUCCACAGAGUCCAGACCACAUUCACCCAGCCUCUCUAUGUUGGAGUCGGGUUUAAGCAUUAUCUUCCUGGAGCCACUGCCGAGUUCUGUGACGUGUAA